AUGGCCAGUUGGAGUUGGGCAAGAGUUUUAGCCCUCUAUGUGACCUGCACCAGCGCGGCCUUCGGAACCGGAAGAAUUCAUGGUCAGCUUUCUUCAGCGCCGAUUGCUGGGCUCGCUGAUCUCGAGCUACCUAGGGCCGAGGAGGCCAGCAGCCUGCUGCAGAUGCGGAACGCUGCUAAUCAGACUCGUGAGACAUCUGGGCCAUCAGAGUGUUGGGCCACGCUGGCCAAGCAUCAGGAGAGAAGUGGUUUCUUGGAGGUGUUGAAGCCGCUCACGCCGGAGCUGGACGCUCUGUGGCAGAAGCGGUUGGAGCUGGCAAGGAAGACUCCUCCCAAGAGGACCUUGGUCAUCUUCGCCGGGCACUUCAUCCCACCGGGAUCUGACAAGGAGAAGAUCUACAUGGAGAAUCUCAGGUAUUUCUUGAAGUACGGUGCUUGCCACGACAAGUUCGUGACCACCCUUGUCGUCGUGGGGCGGAAGGCAAAUGUGUCAGCGCUCAUUGAAGCCAACCUGCACGUGACAUGGUUACAGCGCAGCCCUUACUGCUACGACUUCGAAGCGUACAAGGUAGGCCUCAAGCACAUAGGCGCAAAGAGAUUAAGAAACUACGACCACUUCGUUUUUCUGAACUGCGGCUUGGCUGGGCCGUUCCUGCCAUCUGCCGCGCUGGCAGAACCCAUUCACUGGUCACGGUACUUCACCUCUCAUAUCACCAGCAAGGUGAAGCUCGUGGGCCUCAGCUUCAACUUUGUCGCGCUUCCCCCCAUGUACUCGCAUAAUACUCGCGUCCCCCACGUGAUGUCAAUGAUCUUAGCCACUGACCACGCAGGGCUGAAGGUUCUGAUUCGGCAUAUGGAACAUGGCCUGAACAUUGACAUGUUCUCUGGCCCUGCAAUUGAUGAUUUGAAUGCCACAGUGGACUGGCCAACCAGACAAAUACAGUGCCGAGUCGCCAACCCUUCUCGAGGAGACUUUGUCAAGAUGUCGCCGCAUGGCUUCAUCAAUAACCUGGAGGUGGCUCUGUCGCAGAGCAUGUUUGACAGCGGCUACUCCAUCGCUGCUGUCAGCCGAGCGGAUUUUGGCACGGAGAUCUCCAGCCGUUACGGACCCGAAAAAAGCCACGGAGAUCUCCUGCUACCAGGUGCGUACCUGAAUAAUUCUACGAUUGGACCAUUCGAUGCCAUCUUUGUCAAAACCUCACGGCUUGGACUGGCGACCCCGCAG